CUUACAGGAUGAACACCCUCCAGGCUCUGGUUCUCCUGGCUGCAGGCCUCUCUGUCGUCCACUCACUGGACUACAGGGCACUCACCCAGUUUAGAAGGAUGAUCCUGUGUGUGUUGCCCGAUAGCUGGCCUCUUUUUGACUACGCCGACUACGGUUGCUACUGUGGAAAGGGAGGCUCCGGCACACCUGUGGAUGAUGUGGACAGGUGCUGCCAAGUGCAUGAUCAGUGUUUCAAUGAUGCAAUGCAACACCCUGAGUGCUGGCCCAUCCUCGACAACCCGUACACCGAGUAUUAUGACUACAGCUGCGACAAGGCAAACAAGAAGAUCACCUGUGGCAACAAAAACAACGAAUGCGAGAUGUUCAUCUGUGAGUGUGACAGGAAGGCCGCCGAGUGCUUUGCCGUGUCACCUUGGAACCCUGAGCACGAGCACCUGCCCAGCGACCGCUGUCAGUAAAGACAGCUCCCAGAAAGUGACAGAUCAAUUGGUCAA